CAGUAGAACAGUGCCAAACUCUCGCGCUGUGCGCACUGGUGCAUUCCUAUGAAGUGAUGGAGAUCCGAUUGAUUUUACCUGAGGUGAAGAGGAAUAUUUUUGAUUGAUUCUGUCGACUUCAGACACAUUUACCAACACACGUAAUGUUUUAGGAUACUUUCAAAUAAUGUGAAGAAAUAUGUUGUGAGCAUGGCAAUAUGAAGAUGGAACCACUCAUAAGGUGCUCCUAAUAGAACUAGGAGAUUCAAGUAUCUGCACUGGACUAAGGACCAAAGCGUGUGUGCCGUAAUGGGGGAAGAGGAAUCUAUGUCAGAAAGCAAGGAGCUGAAACGUUGAACUGCAUGUCAGAACCUUCAGAAUGGAGACUGACAGGAUGUUUUCCGUGAUCCUUCUCAGCAUUGUGGCCGUCCUCACCGCCGCGUUGAAUGGCGGCGUUAUAAUAGCGAUCGUGAACACCAAAAAACUCCACCUCCCCGCCAACUACCUGAUCUGCUCCCUAGCCGUCACUGACUUCCUCGUGUCCAUCCUGGUGAUGCCCCUGAGCAUCCUGUACAUCGCCACAAACAGGUGGAUUCUGGGAUGUGUAGUCUGCGAGGCGUGGCUGAGCGUGGACAUGACCUGCUGCACCUGCUCCAUCCUGCACCUAUGUGCCAUCGCCCUGGACCGCCACUGGGCCAUCACCAGGGCCCUGGAGUACGCCAGCCGGAGAACGCCGCGCCGCGCCGUCGUCAUGGUCACCGCCGUGUGGACCGCGUCGGCCCUCAUCUCCGUGCCGCACCUGUUUUGGCGGCACAGUGGGGAUGCCGACCUCCACGGCAACUGCACCGACUGCAAGAUCGCACACGACCAUGUCGGGUACACUAUCUACUCCACGCUGGGGGCGUUCUACAUCCCCAUGGCCCUCAUCCUCAUCCUCUACUACAGGAUCUUCGUUGCUGCCCGCACCCUGUACCACAGGCGGUUGCCCUCCGGCGCCCGCCGUAACGUGAAUGCCGUUGGCCGCGCCCGCCUCGGUGCCUGCUGUGCCGCACCAACGUCCCUCAGCGCGCCUGAGGUGUCCGUCUCAGACCCGGCGCUGAACGCGGAGCUUAGCGGACUCAGCAGUCCCGCCUGUGUGAGCCAGGCGAUGGGGGACCGGGGCGAUGGCGACGGGAGGACCCAGAUCUGGGCCUCCAGGGAGAGGAAGGCAGCACGGACCCUGGGCCUUAUCCUAGGCGCUUUCAUCCUCUGCUGGCUGCCUUUCUUUGUGAAGGAACUUCUGGUGGGCCUCCAGGUGUGCCACGCCUCGGCUCAGGUGUCAGACGUUCUCACCUGGCUGGGAUAUGGCAACUCACUCGUUAACCCCCUGCUCUACACCAGCUUCAAUGAAGACUUCAAGAAGGCCUUUAAGAUGUUGCUCCAUUGUAAUGACCACAAGCGACACCAAUUUCCUGGCAAUGUGCAGGGGUGAUUGUUGAUCCGGGGGUAAAAGGCUUAUUAAUGAAAGAUUCUACACAUUAUAAUAAUGUUGUCAGACAUGAAGAAUGCUUUUUUCAUUUGGAUUUAUUUGAACUGAGGAAAUUGUAGCGUGUCUUCAUCCAGAAUAGUUCAUUCACCAAACAGAUCAUUUACAGCAUCUUACAGUAAGUUCCUGUAGGAAUAUAUUGAUCAUUUACAGCAUCUUACGGUAAGUUCCUGUAAUACUAUAUUGAUCAUUUACAGCAUCUUACAGUGAGUUCCUGUAGUGCUAUAUUGUGCAUU